GAAUUUAUUAACUUAAAGGUCACUUAAGGAGUUUUUGGUUUGCGACGUAGCCGGAUAUUUAAAUCGGAACACGCCGUAGUAUUUUCUUAACCCACAGUAACGAAAUAAUCAAUGUAUGUUCAAGACUCAUUGGCUGUAAAUAAGUAAAACAGUGGUGUCUACCUCACGGUCUGUCUCUACAUAAGGUCCAUUAACUAGCAGCUGAGGAUGGACAUCCGCGGAGCAGUGGACGCUGCUGUCCCCACUAACAUCAUCGCUGCCAAGGCGGCAGAGGUUCGCGCCAAUCUGGUCAACUGGCAGUCGUACCUGCAGAGUCAGAUGAUAUCCGCUGAGGAUUGUGAGUUCAUCAAGAAGUUUGAAGUGGCCAACUCUGAGGAAAAGCAGCUCAUCCUGACAAAUGAAGGACAUCAGUGUGCAAAGACCUUUCUCAACUUGAUGGCGCACAUCUCCAAGGAACAGACUGUCCAGUAUAUCCUGACUCUCAUUGAUGACACUCUGCAGGAGAAUCAUCAGAGGGUUAGCAUCUUCUUCGAUUAUGCAAAGAAGACAAAGAACACGGCCUGGUCCUACUUUCUCCCAAUGCUGAACCGCCAAGACCUCUUCACCGUCCACAUGGCGGCAAGGAUCAUCGCCAAGUUGGCUGCUUGGGGGCGCGACCUGAUGGAGGGAAGUGACUUGAACUACUACUUUAACUGGAUCAAAAGCCAGCUUAGCUCACAGAACCUACACGGUACAGGUCCAGACACUGGCUCGGCAACGGGAACUAUUUCCCCCAGCGAAAGCUCUCAGUAUGUUCAGUGUGUGGCCGGCUGCCUUCAGUUGAUGCUUAGGGUCAACGAGUACAGGUUCGCUUGGGUGGAGGCUGACGGGGUUAAUUGCAUAACGGCGGUGCUGAGCAACAAGUGCGGCUUCCAGCUUCAGUACCAGAUGAUCUUCUGUGUGUGGCUGCUGGCCUUCAGCCCACAGCUUUGCGAGCAGCUGCGGCGCUACAAUGUGGUGCCCGCGUUGUCUGACAUCCUCCAGGAAUCUGUCAAGGAGAAGGUCACUCGGAUCAUUCUGGCGGCCUUCAGGAAUCUACUGGAGAAGUCAUUGGAGAGGGAGACCCGCCAGGAGUAUGCGCUGGCCAUGAUCCAGUGCAAAGUGCUGAAGCAGCUGGAGAACCUGGAGCAGCAAAAGUAUGAUGACGAGGACAUCACCGAGGACAUAAAAUUCCUGCUGGAGAGACUUGGAGAGAGCGUACAGGAUCUCAGUUCCUUCGACGAGUACAGCUCAGAACUCAAGUCUGGCCGCCUGGAAUGGAGCCCAGUGCACAAGUCUGAAAAAUUCUGGCGUGAGAAUGCUGUCCGCCUCAACGAGAAGAAUUAUGAGCUGCUCAAGAUCUUAACCAGGCUCCUCGAAGUGUCUGACGAUCCUCAAGUCAUAGCAGUGGCGGCCCACGACGUUGGCGAGUACGUGCGGCACUACCCACGUGGCAAACGAGUGAUUGAGCAGCUGGGCGGGAAGCAGCUGGUGAUGAAUCACAUGCACCACGAGGACCAGCUCGUGCGCUACAACGCCCUGCUGGCCGUGCAGAAGCUCAUGGUCCACAACUGGGAGUACCUGGGCAGACAGCUGCAGUCCAGUGACCAGCAACAAGCCCCAGCUGUGGCGGCUCGAAGCUGAACGGUCUACCUGCGCGUGUGUGUGUUUGUGUGUAAACCGUGCGCGUGAGUAUGUGUUCUGUAUUUAAUUGACUCAAAAGAUGAAGCAAGGUAUUCUUCCUAAUUAGUCUCUCGUGUCGUAAAGUGCGGUGUCUGUGAUUAAAUGUACAGAAAGUAUUUAAGUCUUGCCUGUAAAAGAAUGUCUGUAAUUCAAACUAAUAAAGAUGAUUACUUGUGCA